UAAAGCAUUUGCAUUUUGCUCUGCUUACAGCCUUACAGCUUACGUAAUUUUCAUCUUUUCGUUUUUAAUUUCUGCAGUUUAGACGAUAAUAUCAUAAUUCCUUUCGACAGCAGUGUAGUAUUAUUACUGUUAAAGUGUUGAAGUCAUGUAUAUCUGACUCCUCGUGCAGAAUCUAAGAACAACAGCCGUGUCAUACCUGUGAACCAUCAUCCAUAUGAUGGGUGAUCUUGCUGCGGUAAAUGCUGCAGCUACAGCUUGUGUGUAGUACUUAUCUUUUGAGUUCCGCUGAAUCGUAUCACUUCAAGCAUUUAUCGGCUGGACGGAGCUUCUGUUCGACUUUAUUUGCCUAUCCAUUUACCGCGUGUUUAAAAGCGCCGCUUCAGUGACAGAAGUGGUACAGUAUGGUGGCGUGCUGCUAACGGCGCUCCGCGACUGAACAUUGUUGUUUCGGUUUCUGUGCUACUUCAUGAUCGAAUUCCCAAGGAUAGUGAUUUGAUCAUUUGACAAUUCUAUCCCUUAUUGGCGCAAAAUGUCGGAUUCUCCGCAAAUUGCCACCACACGGUUUAGUGUGACUCCGGUUAAAGCCGAUGACCAGCAGGAGAUCUCCGUUGUUCCGAUUACGACCAUCUCCCCUCCGAUGGAGGACGAGGAAGUCCCUCAGGAUAUUGACGAUAUCGGAUACAUAACGUGUGAAAGAUAUGAUAAACCGCGGCGCAAUGAAGACGACAGUGACGAUGAGGAGGCUGGCUAUAUGACUUACGAAGCGAUGCCGCGCGAGACUAAUUACGUGCUGUCCUUGACCCGCGCCGGCAAAGCACGUCCAACAAUCAUGGAACUUCGGCUGAAUAAAUCGUCAAUUGAUCAGGGCGAAACAGGAUCGGUAACACAACGAGAUUCAAAUGCUUUGCUCGUGGAGCCGGCCACUGGCGGUAUGAAGUUCGGCUGGAUAAGAGGUGUUUUCAUCCGAUGCCUUUUGAAUAUUUGGGGUGUUCUGCUGUUUAUGCGCUUGUCAUGGGUAGUUGCGCAAGCGGGAUUAGGAUUAACGGUGGCCAUUCUCGUGCUGGCAUGCGCUGUCACAACCGUCACAACUCUUUCGAUGUCAGCAAUCAGCACCAAUGGUGCCGUCCAAGGUGGUGGAACAUAUUUCCUCAUAUCACGUUCCCUAGGUCCGGAAUUUGGGGGAGCUGUCGGAAUUGUUUUCAGUUUAGCUAACGCCGUCGCUGUCGGCAUGAAUACGGUGGGAUUUGCGGAGGCUCUCGUUGAACUUUUAACGGAACAUAACGUUUCUAUGCUUGAUCCAACGAAUGACAUCAGAAUUAUUGGAUUACUGACAAUGUUACUCCUUUUGGGAAUCACAAUUGUGGGCAUGGAGUGGGAAGCUAGAACCCAGAUUGUCCUCUUUGGUGUGAUUAUUGGAUCUCUUAUCAACUUUUUCGUGGGAUCUUUCAUCUCCGUAUCGGAUGACAAACAAGCCAAGGGCAUUACUGGUUAUUCGGCGGAUGUGUUCUCGGAGAAUUUCUUCCCCAGUUUUCGCGACGGGCACAGCUUUAUGACGGUGUUUGCCAUUUUCUUUCCUGCUUGUACCGGUAUAAUGGCUGGUGCUAACAUUUCCGGUGAUCUUAAGAACCCGGCUAAGGCAAUUCCAAGGGGAACACUGGGGGCCAUCGGUGUAUCCGGCAUAUCGUAUCUGGCGUGCGCUCUCGUGGUGGCAGCGGUGGCAGUGCGUGAUGCCAGCGGGAGUGUGAGAGAUUUCUUCGAUGGCAAUGUAACGGCGUGUUACAACGGAACCAAUGGAGCUAAUACAUGCAAAUGGGGAACCGCAAACAGCUAUCAAAUGAUGACGGAAAUCAGCGCCGUGGGACCAAUUAUCACGACGGGUGUUUUUGCCGCAUCGCUGAGUUCGGCUUUGGCAUGUCUGGUCAGCGCCCCGAAAAUUUUUCAGGCAUUGUCACGGGAUAAUAUUUUUCCUUACAUUGAAUUCUUUGGACGUGGAUUCGGCAAAAACGAUGAGCCCCGAUGGGCUUACCUGUUAACGUUUGUGAUCGGAUGUGGAAUUGUGCUGAUAGCUGAUUUGAAUGCUAUUGCUCCCAUUAUUUCCAAUUUUUAUAUUGGAACGUAUGCCUUGAUUAAUUACGCCUGUUUUGAUGCUUCGUUAUCCGCGUCCCCCGGAUUUCGACCGGGUUUCCGAUAUUACAACAUGUGGCUGAGUUUGCUGGGAUCGGGAUUAUGCGUAGCGUGCAUGUUCAUGAUGAACUGGUGGGGAGCACUGAUUACCAUGGCCGUGAUUGCGUUUUUGUGGGGUUACGUCCACCACAAGGCCCCGGACGUCAACUGGGGAUCAUCAAUUCAAGCACGUGCCUUCAAGUCGACUGUUCAGUCAGCACUGAAGUUGAUGGGUGUCGAGGAUCAUGUCAAGAAUUUCCGACCACAAGUACUUGUUCUAUCUGGCCUGCCGUCUUCACGGCCAGCGCUGGUGUAUUUUGUCAACAGCUUCACGAAAAAUACUGGAAUGAUGAUCUGCGGAGAUGUUUUGGUGGGUGCAACUAAUUUGCACAUCAUUCCCCCGCUGCAAAAACAGACAUAUUCGUGGUUUCGCGAGAAGCACAUCAAAAGCUUCUACAGUGCCAUUGUGGCGAAAACAUUCCGUGAAGGUGUGCGUGCGCUUAUCCAGACCGUCGGUAUCGGCAAGAUGCGACCAAAUAUGGUCAUGAUGGGUUUCAACAAUCUGUGGAUGUACCAUCCAGCGGAAAGCGUCGAAGACUACCUGGACACGAUCACUGAUUCAUUGGAUGCCAACAUGGGCGUUGGUAUAUUGCGCGUCCAGGAAGGCAUGGACGUGUCGCAGUUGCUAGAUUUCACCGGUUCUACUUACGAUUUGUUAUCAUUGUCCACGAGGGACGAGACUGUGAUUCCCCAGACGACGAAUGGGCUCCUGGCGGCACCGGCGUCUCAAAAACGGAAGCUUAGUUUUCAGGACACCAGCCGGGGUUUUAGCAUGCAUCCGUCUGGACUGAUGCCGACUGUGAACGAGAACGGCCCACCGGCUGCUAACGGGCUACUCCAGCCAUCGUCUCCGCUCAUUAGGUGCCGAUCGGAGCUGAACAUAUUCAGUGUAGAAGCGGGAGAAGCCCCGGUAUCCCAGUCGCAAUACACAUCCCGCCUUGAUCUGGCUGAUAAGUUUCAUAAUAAAACCAAGCAGAAGAUGAAAGGAGAGAUCCAUGUCUAUUGGCUGUACGACGAUGGCGGAUUAACGUUGUUGAUUCCUCAUCUGUUGAGUAAGAAACAGCCAUGGAAUGGCUGCAAAUUGAAGAUUUUCUACCUGCAAGGAAAACCCCACCAAGUAGAUGAAGCGCAGCGGAAUAUGGUGGCCCUGCUCAGCAAAUUCCGGAUCGAUUUCGUUGAUGCGGUAGCGGUUAAUUCGAACAAGCCACCUUCUGAAGAGAGCGUGAUAUGGUUUAAUCAAAUGAUCCAGCCGUUCCGUGUUUCUGAUAUUUCUGACAUCAAACCGGACGAAAGCGUCCCGACCCCCAUUUCUAACGAGGAUCUGGAAUCAUUGUUUGAGCGCACACAAAGACAGAUCAGGCUGCGCGAAGUGUUGAAGGAGAAUUCAUCUGAUGCUGAACUGAUUGUGAUGACCUUACCCGUGCCCAAGAGAAACUGCAACCCCACCUUGUACAUGGCUUGGUUGGAGACGUUGACCAAAGAUAUGCCCCCCUUCCUCUUGUUACGCGGCAAUCAGCAAAGCGUUAUGACCUUUUAUACUUGAAUUUUGUUUAUUUUUUUACUUCUUUAAUUGUGUGCUGUUGAUAGUUAAUUUUCUAAAAGGUGACUAUCGGUUUUGUUACAAGUUGCAGGUGGGUUGUACAGCCGGUUACAGUGCGGUUACAGUACAGCCGGUUACAGGGAGUUGUACGAAUCGGUACAUUUUGUGAUUGUCGUGUCCUUUGCACACGUACGUGCCUUGGCAGUUGCCUUAAUCGGUUUUUUACCUCGGUGUAUAAAGAGUACGGAAAUUUGCAUUG